AUGGUCUACAAAUUGUUUUACUUUGAUGGACGUGGAGUUGGUGAGCCAGCGCGUCAACUGUUCGCUUUGGCUGGAAAGGAAUUUGAAGAUGUGAGAUACACGGACGACACUUGGCCAGCACACAAAGCAGAGAUGCCUUUUGGUCAAAUGCCAGUCCUUGAAGUGAAUGGUUUGAAAAUCGCCCAAUCCGGCGCGAUUUUCCGCUACUUGGCCCGAGAAUUUGGAUUUGCCGGUAAAACCGCAGUCGAGCAGGCCCUUGUUGAUUCCUUCUAUGACUUGUACAGAGACUACAAGAAAGAUGUGAACAAUUGGAUCUACCUUGCCCGCGGAUGGGAACAGGGAAAUGCGGAAGAGGCUUACGAAAAGGACUUUGUCCCAGCGAGAGAUAAAUUCUUCGGAGCUCUUGAGAAACAGUUGAAGCAAAACAACACCGGAUUCUUGGUGGGAAAGUCGGUGACCUAUGCCGACAUCCAGAUCGCCGAUCACAUCAGUCAUUUGCUCGACUUUAGCGCAAAGGAUUUGGAUCCGUAUCCAGAGGUGCGCAAGUUGAGGGAAACCGUCGAGAAAAUCCCACAAAUCGCCAAAUGGAUCAAGGAACGUCCAAAAUCAGAUUUC